GUUUGUUAAUUUGUGUUUUUUUUUAUUUUUCAGGUUUCUAAUGAUGGAGAAAAGCUUCGAUUUUGGUGCAUUACUGCAGAAUCAUGAGAAACAACACAAAUGUAAACCUGUUCAAUUUUCUAGCGUUGCAAAUGGGGUUAAAAGACGGCUUGAUUCUAAUAUAAAACGAAGAAAAAGUAGUCGAUUAACUGUUUUUGAUAAAAUUCGAAAUAUACAACAAUCAGAAAAAUUAGACAGCCCCUUGCCAAAGUCAGACAAACAACAAAAAAUGGAGCACAGAAGAAUGCAAUUAGAGAAAUGGAAGGAAGACAAAGAAAAGAAAAAGAAGGAGGCAGCUACGCAAAAGAAAAAACCGUUUAUAGUUGGAGUUGCUCAUGCACCAACCAGAUUUGUCCCUCCUCCUCCACCACCCAAAGUGAUGCCAAGUACAUCAGGAAGGGUGACCAGAUCACAGUCUGCGAGAAACAAGGCCAGUCAGCAAGGCUCUACAGCAAGAAAUACUUUACCAAACCAAAGUAAAACAUCAUUUGCACCACUUGAUGCAACAUUCCGUCCUCCUCAAUUAAAACAUUUGGAUGCAGUUCCAACUCUAUCUUUACCGAAAAAAAAAGUAAAAGUAGGCAAUAUGGUAAAGUUUGAGCCUCAUGCACCCAAUAGAGAUGUCAAAAUGAACAAUAAACCAAAUUUAAAGGCAAAAGUGAAUAGCAGCAUGAAAAAAGCCUCACAGGUUACCAGUUCUACCUCUGGAAGUAGCAUGGAAAGUGAGGAAAACGGGCCAAUAAAGAAACCCACCAGAAAAUCUAAAGAGACCCUUGUAAACCAUAAAACACAGACCUCUAAUAAACUAAACAAAAAACCCUUACUUAACAGUUCAAAUUCUACAGAAAGUGAGUUAUCCCCUGUAGAAGUUAAAGUUCAGACACAUAGGAAAUCUAAGGAUGCAAAUAAAGCAAUUGAUAAGAAAGAUGUGAAAAAAUCUGUUAUAAGCAUAAACAGUUCUAGUUCUGAAACAAGUUUUGAGUCACCUGUAGCGAAUAAGACAACUCCAAGAUCAUCGUUAGGUAAAAAGGGGCCAAGUAAAUUGAUACAGAGUUCAAAUUUGGAUAGCAGUAUGGGGUCUCCUGUGGUGAUCAAAAUGAAAACGCCAAGAAAGUCCAAUCAAACUUCUUCACCUGCUAAGCGAACACCUCUUAAACCAAUACCAAAGAGUGAAUCUAGUUCUGAGGAGAAAUUAAGAUCGCCCAAGUCUCCUGUAGAGGUAAUGAUGACACCGGAACAGAUUGUGGCAGAGGCAAAGAGGAUAAGUCCUUGCGUUACACUCUCUAGAGGGAAGGAUAAUGCACGUAGGGAAAUGAAGCAGAAGAUUGCAGAAGGUCUCCUAGAUGAAGAUCUCAAUGACAUGGAAAGUAUAGACCAUUUCAAAAAGCAAUUGAAUUCUGAAAUCAAGAGGCUGUCAGAGUUGUGUGAUACCUGGGAUAAGAUUUCAGAGCAAAAUAUAAGUUUGCCGGAAGUUGUUCAGGAAGCAAUUCUGGGAGCAGUGGGUCAAGCCAGGUUGCUGAUGUCACAGAAACUCCAGCAAUUUGCUGGUUUGGUCGCACGCUGUGAAACGCCAGAUCCUUCACAACCACUCGUCACAGCUGCAGAUCUGCAUGGUUUCUGGGAUAUGGUGUUUAUGCAGGUGGUGAAUGUAGACAUGCGCUUCAAGAAGCUGGACGAGAUGAAAGCACGGAGCUGGUCAGUGGAGGAGCAGCCGGUGGAGAGAAGGAAGAAGGUGGUCAGCAAGCCAAAGACCAGCAAACCGGCUGCCACAAGUCGCUUGAGGGAUAUGAUUGCUGCCGCCCGCAAAGCGAAGAAAGAACAAGAGCCCAAAGUGGAAGAAACUCAAUCAGCGGACGACAGUAAGACGUUCGAAGCCGGCUUCUUCAGCGUGCGGUCGCCGGUUCGGUGCCCGCCGCUGAGCACACCGAACAAACCCACUCUGUUGAAAGCCGUGCUGUCCAGUGAGGCGAAAAAGGCGUCCUCUUCUAAGAAUUCCGCAUCGUUUGCAAUGCUGCGCGCGUCUAUGUUCGGCAAAAGUGUGGAACAAGACCCCACUUCUGUUGAAGAAAACCUAAUACACACACCUGUUAACCUACACGCAACACCGGGACGUAGCAUUCUAAAAUCCGGCACCGCCCAAUCGAAAAAGUCGAUCAAGUGCGUUCUCUUCGAUAGUUCUGAUACUGACAUUCUAGAUCAUUCCAUAGACAAGAAUAUGAGCGGGAUACAGCAGUUGGAAGAUACAGAAUUAUCGAUGGAACUCGAAAAAGAGAAUAGAAAGAAGUUGGUAAGACAGGAUGCGGUCGAGAGGAGUCCUAUCAUGACAAGGAAUAGGAGAAAGAGUCUGCAAACGCCGAACAAAGAAGAGAUUGUGGAGGAUAAGAAGAUAUUGCAAGAGAGUAAUAUGAAUGCGACGUCGCGUACUCGGCGUUCUACACGCAAGAAGUCGCUAGUGGAAGUGGCGUAGUGUACAAGUGUACAAGUUUAAAUGUGUAAAUUCUAAGGCAUUUAUAGUGAUUUGAUGAAAUGAUGCAAAUUUGUUUGUGUUGUAGCAUAUUUUGCGCUACAGUUUGUUCUGCCAUUGUCACUAAUUUGUAGGGUUGUCAUAAUGUUUUAUUUAGCAUAAAUAACAGGUGUGUGACAACCCUGGAGCUGUGUGUGAACCUUCAGUCACUGUAUUAAUGUUACAGUUAUAUCACUAUAUAACUUUUUCUUGUAUAUUACUUCCAUUAUAUUCUUGAAGAUUUUACUGGUUGUUCAAGGCUGUAUGAGUAUUGUAGAGCACCAGUGCUUUUAAUAUAAACUCCUCUUGCAUAGGGAACAAUCGGUUAUUCAUCAAACAUUAAGAAAUAUGUCAUAACAAUGAACAAAUAAUAAGAGUUCACGUAGUAAAGUGUUGUAACACUUACAAAUAAAAAUUGAUGAAGACGCAACAAAUAUAAAUUUAUUAAAUAGGCAAUCAUCCUUUUGUAAAUUCCCCAACUGACUUACAAAUAAGUUUUUCAAGAGCUGUUUGUUGUUAUUUUAAACUGCUUAGACAACCCUGAAAUUGCCUUCAUUCACAUAUGAAAUUAUUAUUCAUAAACUGCUUACACAUAGAUUAAAUCGGCUGGACUAAUGCAUUGUAUUUUAACCUGACUUUCGACAACGAUUAAAGCCCUCAAUUCAGUAACUUUUUUUAAC